CGGACUAGCUGUGUAAGUGUGUGUGAGUGUGUGUGCGCCUGGGGAUUGUGACGGGCUUUCCAUGUGUGCUUUGCCGACAUUGUGGCGUUUAGUCGCGGGGAUUUGAGGGCGCAGGGGGGCGGUGGCGUAGUUGCAACGAAUGGUUGGUUGGUAGGAGGAAGGUGAAAUGUGGAUGGCGAGGGGGUGGGGUGUUGAUGGAACCAGGGGUUGCGUGGUGGGAGAGGGUUUGCGCCGAGGGAGGAGGGAUUGUACUCGCCCCGUUUUGAUCUGCUCGAUUUUCUAGCAGAGGUGCAAUUACUGCUAGUUAUUGACGCUUUUCUGUCUGCUGCAGUGCGAGGUUACACGAGUUAAUGUUUGUGUGAAGGUUGCGUGAGAUUUGACUCGAUGUUUCGUAGUUUCUUGCGGGGGCAUUCAGCUGCGGAGCACAGCGCACAGGAGAAUUGUCGUAAGGUUUUAGAUUGGGAGUUGUUAUAUUCGCGCGUUAGUUGCGGAUUUUGGUGCAGCACCGCAGGAAUAGUUGUGUAAAUUUAGGGUCGGGGAGGGUGUGGGACUGUGGUUCGGAACUUUCGUGUUUAGCAUUUGAGCUGGAGGAAUUCGUUUCCUGUAGUGGUUUUUCGUCUGCAGCCGGUUGAAGCAGUUGGUCUAGCGUGGUGGUGGUGGAAGGGGAAUACAGGGAAGUUGCAGGGGAAUAUUUGUGUGCAGGAUUUGCAUAGCGCAGGAGCCUAUGGAGGUUGCGGAUUUGAUGUUCAGAUUCGAUAACAGGAAAGUAUCAAUUAGUGGUGAACAGAAGCGACGGCAUAUGUCGUUGAAUACAGCAGCAGUCUCGCAUUGAUUGGCCAUGCUGGUCAAGAGCAGAGGAAAAGAUAUAAGCAGAGGAAAGAAGGAUUAGUAAGAGGGAAUUGAAAACAGGGUGGGGUGGGUAGCAAAAGGAGCUUUAGCAGCAUGCUGUCAAGGAGAUCCAGGAAGCAGUAGGGAGGGAUGCACCGUUACCCUGCUUCUGCUGGGGGCAGCAGCAGUGGUGGUCCUGGUGGAAGUGGUCCUCCACCUGCGCGCUCUUCUGAUCCUUCCUUUCAGAACGCAUCCAACUUCACCUUCACUUCCCGGCGUGCAAUACCGCUUCAGCCUUAUAAGUUGCGUUGCGAAAGGGAGCCUUUGAGUGCUCGACUUGGGCCACCGGAUUUUUACCCUCCUACACCCAACUGCGCCGAAGAGAUUUUGAAUCGAGACACAACUAUAAAUGGCUACAAAGAACUUAUUGAUGGUGUUGAGGAGAGUAAGGAAUCCGUGCAUACUUUGACUAAUAAUGAGGCCUUGUGGGCUAGGCCUAACGUGAACCGUUAUAAAGAGUCAAUUCGAAAGCGCUUAAGGGAGCUUAACAUUGCUACUAUUCGGAAACGUAAGGCUGGUCAAGUUUAUGGUGUUCCACUUACCGGUCAAUUGUUAGCAAAAGCUGGGGUUUUCCCAGAGCACCGGACCUGUGGAGAAGACUUCAGAAAGAAAUGGGUUGAGGAUCUGUCACAACGGAAGAGACUCCGGGCUUUGGCUGAGCAUGUCCCUCAUGGCUAUCAAAGACGUACCAUCUUUGAGGCACUUAUUAAACAUGAGGUUCCACUACUUCGAGCAACUUGGUUUAUCAAAAUCAUCUAUCUUAACCAGGUUAAGCCCAUGUCCAUUGGGAUGUCGGCAGGUGGUCCCGACAAAUCACAGUCAAAGCGAGUGGAUCUUUGGACUAAGAAUGUGUUGGAGUAUAUACAGACAUUGCUGGAUGAUUUAUGCCAGGCUGGGGGUGCUUCUGGAUCACGCUCUCAAGUUCUGCCUACGAGGAGUGCUUUAGUUGAGAAAGAGCCUGAUGUGCUUACUAAAUGGCGAUAUGUCGUACGCUUGGCACAAUGGCACUACACAGAAGGGCUGCUCAAUCGGACUCAAGUUGUCGACUGGACUUUGAAGCAACUCCAGGACAAGGAGAGUUUAGAGGCUCUAGAGCUUCUUUUGCCGAUAGUACUUGAACUCAUCGAUGGCAUAUCUUCGUCUCAGAUACAUUCUCGGAUGCUUAUUGAACUAUGUCUUCAGUGGCUCCGUAAGCUCUACUCGUCAGGGCACGUGCCCAGCACUGGUGAUAGUUCACAAAAUAAUCAGGUAGCAGACACAUUAGUGAAGCUACUGCAAUAUCUCCUUCUUGUCGUUCCUGACACCUUCGUUGCAUUGGAUUGUUUUCCUUUGCCCCAGCCUGUGAGCUUGGGUGGCAGCAAUAGCUCAGCCAUUGAAAGUUCAUCCAACGAUCUUGGCAGGGUGAACUCUUUGGAUGAAGAUCAAUCUAUCUUUAACGCCAAGGGGAAGAGAAAGACGAAUUUUGAGGUUGGGGUAGACGAAUCAGUGGAUCUUAUAGAGAGACGUACUGCGUCUCUUGCAAGAGCUGUGAGUCCUACUUUACUGCGCAACAAUGAAGGGAGAAUUGUGCAGGCUCUGGACAAAGCUCUGGAAAAAGGAGACAUCGCAGGUGCUUAUCGAAGUGUGUACGACGAGGAGUUUUGCAGGAGUGAUAAUUUGCCAACUGAUUGGCGAGCAGAUGUUAUAUCUCGCACUACUUUCAAUCUUUCUGGUCCGGUCAAUCCAUCAGAGCUUUACCCAGUACGAUUUUUGUGCGAGUGGGCUGUUUGUGACUUUCGAGACAGCAGAGGCAUUGUGAGCAAGAUAGUACGGAAACAAUGUGCUUGCAGGGAUAUGUCACGUGUUUAUGUGGCCGUCUCAGUGUUGCGGAUGAGGUUAGCAGAAAUGGAUUUAAAGAUUGGUUCUCACUCCUCGGACCCUAGGUUGCCGGAGCAUUUCCACUGCGACUUCCCUAUGUCUCGUGGCGGUGUGCCGGUGCAGGUUCGAAGCAGAAAGAGUAAAAAGGAGCAUGCUGUGCAUGCACGAAUGGGACGCUCGUUAAAACACAAUGAUAGCGACUUCCUUGCGCUGCAAGCUUAUUCUCAUAACUCAGUUGCAAUACAUGACUUGGUAUACGCUUGGUUGGAUCAACAUGACCUUUGGCAAGGAGAUAGUUCAGAUCGGCUACCCUUGCUUCUUUCUGAACUCGUGAGGGAAGGUUUGUUUAGUCCAGAAGCUUAUGUUCGGCAACUGCUCUGCAACGGAGUUCUGGACAAGCAGUCCUCUGCAACAGAGAUUGCCCGGGCAUCCAGACACAGACAUGUAUUGCAGCAUUUACCAUUUCCUGGAGAGUUGAUUGUUGACGGUGAAAGCAACGCCGGACAGUCUGCUGCUUUUCGAACGUAUCGAAUUGAGCGCCGGGUGGCACUAAAUGUCCUAGGGAUUCCACGACACAAACAUCAAACUCAGGAGACAGGAGUUACCGGAUUUCUUGCUCAAAGAGAAGAUUCUAGGUGUUCUGAUUUGAAGCCACCUCUGCAUGAUUCUCGAGGUAGGAAGAGAAGUCAGAAGCGGAAUUUAAAGAUUGUUGAACUUAAGCAGUUAAUUGCAACAAGUCUCCGAUUUCCUGAAGAUUCUUUGAGAAUACUUGCAAAGCAACUAGAACCGAAGGCCGGCGCUGGAUCAAGUGGUUCCAAAAGUUUUGCAUCCAAUUACACGGAAAUAAUGGAUGCUACCCCAGGUUGUGAGCAGUGUAGCCGGGCAAAAAGACAGAAAAUUACCGAAGGAAAGGAGUGGAUUGCCUCAGGAUCUGCAAUUCCCUCAACGGAAGAGGAAGAGAAUUGGUGGUUCAAGAAGAGCCCCCCAAAGGUUGUUGAAAAUCCCGUUAAAUUGGAACCUCCUGUAAAAGCUGCUCCUAAACAAACCACCAGAGGACGGCCAAAGCCUGUGCGCAAAACACAAAGUCUUGCUCAAAUGGCCAGUAAUCGGAUUGAUUUCAAUCAGGGAGUAUCAACUACACAUAUGCUGGAACCUAAAGUCAGCUGUCCUAUGCAUCAUCCCUGUCUGGAGAGCGGAAUUGCAGGUCAAUUGAAAUGCAGUCAUUAUGAUAGAAUGUCAGGUGACCUGCGUGUUCUCGGAGAGGCUAUGAAGCGUCUCAGGGUGUUAGAGAACCAGUUGCUUGUAAGCUGGUUGAAUAUCCAAGUGCGUAGCCUUCUUACUAACCAAGGGGUCACAUCUCCAAGUUCACAAUCGGACCGCCGAUUGGCAAAUGGCGGGAUCUCUAGUAUUAAAUCUUCAGAUACAAGCUCGUGGAGACUUGGAGAGGAACAAUUUUCGAUUCUUGUGUACAUCAUGGAUGUUGGAAAUGACCUUCGCACGCUGGUGCAGCUUCUGCUUUGGCUUUUGCCUAUUUCUGGGACUGUCUCGUCCCUCCCUGCCAGCCAUGUAAACCAUGGAAUCCCUGCAUAUGUUGGAAUCAGAGGUGGAUCUCCUUGUGCUGUGGGAGAAACAACCCUAUUAUCGUGUCUUCAAAGGUAUGAAAAUGUUAUGGCGUCCAUGGAUAUGCUUCCACAGGCUUUAUCUGCAGCUAUGCAACGAGCUGCAAAUGUAAUGGCAGCCGUACCAGGAGGUAGAGCUGGAUGCUCAGCACUUUUGUGCUAUGUUCGGGAUCUUUUGCGUAAGUAUGGGAGCCUUGCCAGUGUACAGGCGUGGGAGAAAUGUUGGAAAGCCUCUUGUGAUCAGCGUCUUCGAGCUGAACUUGAAGCUUUGAAAGCAGGUGAUGGUGAGGGUGGAUUUGGACUAGUGAGCAGUAUGGGUGACGACAGAGAUGAUCCAAUUCCGCCUCGUCUGAUAGGGCGUCUUGUUCGAUAUGGGAAUGUUAUGAAGGACAUUAUUCAGCGAAAUGCGGACGCCGCAACACAAGUUAUCAUAAACAAGGGACGGGAAGGAGGAGAGGAUUUCAUGGAAGAUGUUUUCCGUCAUGGUCAUACUCUUGUCGUGAGUGUUAUGAAUACCGUAAGACAGAACAGUGGUGGUGUUUCUCAAAAUGACGCGGCGCUUGUGGCCAACGCGGUAUCUACCAUUGUUAACCAUGCUGGUCAAAGUGUGGCCAAUGUUUUGGAAAACUUGGGAUAUAAUCUCUCUGGAGAAAUUACUGCAACUGCAACGUCUGCUUUACAGAGUGGGCGCCGAAUAUUGCAGUUUUAUGUAUAUUGCCUAAAUUUGUUGAAGAGUGCUAUCGAUGAUCGCCAAAUCCGGAUGAUGGAGGUGGCUAUAGCCAAUGAAGCAAAUAUAAUUGUGCAAGCUGGAGUUGGCCAAUUUCUAGGAAGAUCGCCUAGAUCUCAAUUUCAUCUGUCUCCUGAGAUAUCAGACACCAACUCGACCUUGGCUAAUGAUUCCGGAGGCACCCUUGGGCGGCCUACUAUGGCAGCUUCAGCAAUACUUGCGCUAGUUGCAGGUUUAGUGGUCAACGGUGUAACCAGUCUUGAGCGUAUGGUAUCUGUGUUACGUGUGAAGGAUGGAUUGGAGAACUUGCAUCUUCAAAAGUCUGGAGGUUUGAAUGCAAAUGGCAAAGUGAGCGUUAUGGGGGGUAGUGCGAAGGCUGAGAGUGUGCCAGAGGCACACAUUCAUUGGUUUUGGGUACUGAUCGGAGAUUGUCGGACUAUACUAGAUGGAUUAGUUGCAGAUUUACUCGGCGAGCCAGCUGUGUUGGGUUUGGCACGUUUACAAAGAUCUAUGGCUUUAGUGACUGUCUUUCCUCCUGCAUAUGCCAUCUUUGCAGUUGCCUUGAGGAGGCAGCAAACUAUUUUUGCCAAUAGCAUGAGCCGUGAAGAGGCUAUAAUUCAGGCAGUUACUGCAGCAGUGAAUGAUAUCAUUGCUCAUGAACCAUUUCGGGACGUAUGUUUAAGAGACACUGCCGCACUUUACCGCUGUAUGUCAUUAGACCCAGGAGAGGUGAAGUAUGCAGCCAUGCUUGACUUGCAGGGAUUUGAGUUGUAUAAGAAAGUAUCAGCGAUGGUUCCGUUACGUGCUCGUCUAUUCUUGCAUGCUCUCUUGGAUCGAAAAAUGCCAGAGGAUGAUAUGCGGGGUCAAAACCAUACCUUAAACGGACCAGGGCAGAUUGAGCAAGUUGUACAGGUUUUAGAUGAACUUCAGGCAGCUACGUUUCAUUGGCAGUGGGUGGAGCUGCGGCUACUUUUGAAUGAGCAAGUAAUUCUUGAGAAGCUGAAGAUUCACCCACAAAGUGCCCAAGAUGCUGUCCAGGCAGCCAUGCAAGGACCAGACCGUCAGCAGUUGGAUGAGUGUGAGAAAACGUUUACAGAAGUCGUGCUCACUCGAUUGUUGGUGCGCCCUGAUGCUGCUGCCCUUUACUCUGAAGUGGUGCAUUUGCUUGGCAAAGCAUUAGAAGACUAUCUCAUAUUGCAUGUCAAGUGGGUGCUGGAGAAUAAUGAUAUGUUGCUGGGUCGCAAGUCUCUUCGUCAGCUUCUGCAUAACAUUGCAGCAAAGAGCUUUUCUAUUAGGCCACGGCAGGCAAGGACCUGGGAUUGGCAGCCACCCAAACAGCCCCACAGAGAUUUGGCGGAGAUGUCUGAAAAGAAACAGGCUUCAUUGCAAGUAGGUGCAAACUCACCCGAAGAAGGUGAGCUUGAGGAGGAAGCAAUGGACUGGCAGAAAUCUGAUGAGAAGUCAUUUCAACAAAGUAGCAGAGCAUUUUCUGGUUCAUCUUGCAAGCCUUUUGCAACGGAGAAAGCUUUGGCAGAUUUGGUGCUUCCUUGCUUGGCUCGAAGUUCGUUGGAAAACCGCAGCGGUUUCGCCUUUGAGCUGGUGAAGGAGAUGAACAACCUUGAGCAGCACAUCAGUAACCUCACUCGAAGUAGUGGGCGACCUGCCGCAUCUGCUUUACCAGGCAGUGAUGGCAUUCUUGGUUCUAAAGGCUCCAGCGUGAGGAGGGGUCCUCGUAUCGGGAUGGAUGUUGGCAGUCCAGGUCUUGGGCGUCGCCUUACUGGUUCUAUUUCCGAAGCUGUUCCUGUCUCACUGGCUGCCUUGCAGACAUCCGUUUGGUUGCGGCUGCAAUUUCUUCUCCCACUUCUUCCUAUAAUCCUCACUGAAAGGGAACAGCAAUCAGGCCCAAACAAACGUCAAACUCUUGCUCCUGUGUUGCUCCGAUUGCUUGGGACUAGGGCUGUACAGGAGGAGGCUGACGUAUCAUGCUGCUGGGACCCCUCAUCUUCAAAUGACUUUGAAAGAAAUUCUCAGGCUACGUCGGCUGCUGCAGCUGCCUCUGCCUGUGAACCUUUAUUCGAUAGACUUCUGAGCAUUUUGCAUGCACUGCUAAGCAAUACAUGGCCAGUGUGGCUCAAACCUCGCAAAAUUUCUGUGAAGCCCUUGCGAGAUAUACCACCUUUCGAUAAGGAGACAGCUGAACGCAUGCAGGUGGAUUUGGAGCACAUGCAGUUACCUUGUGGCAUUCGUGGCCGACUACAGGCAGCCUUCCCUCUUCUUCCUCCUACCCCCGUUACUACAGUUUCAGCAGCCCCUCCACAAGUACCUGCGGCCGUUUUUUCUCUUCUUCAAGCCCGGGGAUCUAAUAGUACUCCGGCAUCCACAAUGUAUCCAGGGUCUGCACAAAAGAGUCUUUACCCUGCUGAAAACAAUGUCGGUAAAUUAAAAGCAGUUGCUUUACCAGAUUCUGAGAUGGAGGUCGACCCCUGGACGUUGCUUGAAGAUGGUGUGGGGGCAUCAAAUGGUCCAAUUGGAGGUGGGGAGGUUGGAAAUUUGAAAGCAUGCGCAUGGCUUAAGGGAGCUGUAAGGAUCAGGCGAACUGAUCUGACAUACAUUGGAGCUGUGGACGAAGAGUCCUGAUUGAGUUUACUUGGCCUGAGGCCUGUGCUUUUACAAUAAUUGGAACAGUUCCUUAAAGAACGUAGGAUCAGUUGUAUUCCAUUUGUAUCAUAUCUUUCAUGUACAAUAGUCUUAGAACAAUUCAACCAUGUAUCUGCAUGUAUCAUCCGUAGGCGAGGACCCUCUUGGUUGAAGAAUGGAGCAAUAUUACUCCUGUUGCAAGGGUUCUCUUACGUUACUAGCAUACAUAUUGAGUCGGCGCAUGGCGGCCUUCGCUGUCCGAGCAUAUGCUUUCACCCAGACCUGUGAAUGGCCAUGGUUCGAUCGUGACAGGAGCGGCUGUUUCGUGAUGAAAGUAGGGUCUACGAGCUACAAAUCCGCUGUCGAUCGGUUGUGUUCCAUGCAUGCCCUUGUUGUAGGCUGUGAUAUCUCUGAAACAUGAGCGUCACUAUUUGGUCUGAUGCAUGUGAGCUCAUCAUGCUUGUGGAUCAUUAAUCAUCAUUUUCGGGCACCAUUUAAGACCUGUCACAUGCUUUUGUGGUUUGUCUAUCACUGCCGAAGCCAUUUGAAAUGGUUUUUACCGGCGUA